CGGCAGCGCCGGUCCCGCACUCGGAGCGGCGGCGGCACCGGGCGGGAUGAGCGAGCGCAGCCCCCACGCGCCCCCCUCCGCGGCGGAGGCCCCCGGUGGGCAGCAGCAAGCCAAGGCUGAGCCCAAGAAGGAGGAAGAGGAGGAGGAGGAGGAGGAGGAGAUCGACAUCGACCUGAGCGCGCCCGAGACGGAGCGCGCGGCUCUCGCCAUCCAGGGCCGCUUCCGCCGCUCCCGCCAGCGCCGGGAGGAGCCGCGGCCCUGA